UUGUGUCCAAUUGUACCAUUUGUGUCGAGUGUAGAAAGUUUUCAACCUCGCAAGUUUAUUCAUCCUCCGGAGAGAGAUCAGAUACUGCUAGCAAAAACAAAUGGGAGAAGAAAGGGAGGAUCCACAGAAGCUUAAGAGGAUAGCAGCGGCUGCUUUUGAUUACGAGAACGACCCUAGAUGGGCUGAUUACUGGUCCAACAUCCUCAUCCCUCCUCACCUAGCUUCUCGCUCUGAUGUCAUCGAUCACUUCAAGCGCAAAUUCUACCAACGCUACAUCGACCCUGAUCUAGUAGUGGAGGCAAUGUCUACAAAUGGUUCAUCUCAGUCGACAAAGUCAUCUGGGUCAUCCUCUUCAUCAUCAGCCCCUUCAAAUGACCAGCCUCGACCACGCAAUACAGGGUCAACUACUAGAACCUCUGGGCCAUCAGCUACUGCAGGUCAAAAUCCAAGCCCUGUUCGCUGGGAUCGACAAACCAUACAAUUUUCUAUCAAUGCUUGGGUUUUCAUUGUGGCUGUGCUUGCAAUUAUUCCCCUCGUACCUAAAAAUCUUUCAAGUAGGGCAUCUCGGCUGUCAUUUAUGGGCACUGCAUGCUCAUCUCUGUAUUCCUUAUACGCACUACAUGGGAGACCCAGAGCAUGGAACUUGCAGGGUAUUCAAGCUUACUUGCAGUCAAUAAUUGCGACCAAAGAUUUUAUCUACGUCAUCUACUGCCUUACAUUUGUCACUUCACAUCUUUGCCUCAGAUUUGCUUUAAUUCCAAUUUUGUGCCGAUCACUGGAGCAUGUUGCCAAAUUCUUGAGGUGUAAUUUCAGUCGUUCCACCUUGUACAGGAAGUACCUUGAAGACCCUUGUGUAUGGGUGGAGUCCAACACAACUACCCUCAACAUUCUGUCCUCUCAUUCCGAAAUUGCACUUGGCUUCCUCUUAAUUAUUUCCCUGUUGUCGUGGCAACGCAACAUAAUACAAACAUUCAUGUAUUGGCAGCUAUUGAAGCUCAUGUAUAAUGCCCCUGUGACUGCUGGUUACCAUCAGAGUGUGUGGGCUAAGAUUGGAAGGAUCGUCAAUCCGCUUAUCCACCGUUACUGCCCAUUCUUGAACACUCCACUCUCUGCUGUACAAAGAUGGUGGUUUAGGUAAAUGUCCGUAGAUAGCAAUGGAGAGAAAGGAAGAAAGACUCUUGUGAGAUGUUAGUUGUUAUCGGGAAGAAAAGGACCAAAGCUAGAUGUGUGGCCAACGAGCCAGCUUGGUCCUGGAUGGAUAAACCUUGACUGUCGAUCACAAGUGGUCCUCUUCCCAUUCCCUCUCCUGUCUGGAUUCAGGAUCAGAAGUUUUCAUUUUAAUGCAUUAGAUUUUACACUAUUUUUAAAGAGUAUCGAGGGAAAGGAUAAUGUUUUUGAAUUUCACUUGCCUUGAAUUAUAGUUUGCUGAAAUGAUGUAGACCAUCAACUCCAAA